GUGUUUGUACGGGUAAAAGGUGUUUUAAAUUCAAAAUAUCCAGCGAAACGGCCGCCCGCAAUAGAAGCAACUGUACCCAGUGCUCUCCGGUCGCCCAGUGAGAAUGUCCGUCGCAGUAGCCCACAAAGGUCGAGGCAGGAAGGCAGCACCUUCCGUAGCCGCUUCUGUAAUCCGAAGGCAGUCCGCUCUCAGCGAGGGGGAUGAGGCCAUUGAUGUCCGGCCGAUGGAGCAUGACGAUGAGAUCAAUCGUGAUGAUCUCGACGGCGACGAAGAGGAGGAGGAGGAGGAGGAGGAGGAGCACGUCGAGGAAGAGGACGACGACGAAGAGCCGGACAGUAACGAGACCAGCGAACCAGAGGAGCAGGUAGAGCCGCCGGCUUUUAGCCUAGCGACACUGGGUCUCCAACGCGUGGGCAGCGCCCCGCCGCCCAAGCCCAAAAUCCAGAAGGCACCCAUCCUAACCCUAAACGCCCGUGGAAUGCCCGCUCGGAUACGUAAGAGAAAUCGUCUCUUUUACGACGAGAACAUCAUCAACGAUGACAAGCCGCUGCGCAUGAGCUUGGCACCCAAGAAAAUGCCAGGCAGGCCACCGCUGUCCGCCGGCGGAGGCUCGGCCCAGAAGAUCCCGCUCACCCCAUCGAAGGUGCUGAAGAAACGCAAGGGAGUGGUAUCCCGCUACAUGCGUUCCAGUGAGCAGGGAUCCAACUCUAAUUCGGCCAGCACUGAGCCGCAGCAGUUGGGCAAGCACAAGAAGACGCCAUCGAAGAGCCAGUCGAUGGGCAGCAAGCUGGGCACUGGAGGACUGAAGACGGGGCGGGGUGCCCAUUUCGUUGGAAAGGGUGGCGCUGCAGCGGCGGCGGCUGCAGCGGCCGCCAAGGAGGAAGCCAGCCAAGCCGAGGCUGCAGCGCUGGCGAACAAGCGAUUGGGUCAGUCCAUUGGCCUAAGGCUGCGCAAUCUCCUCAAACUGCCCAAAGCGCACAAGUGGGCCAUAGCCGAGUGGUUCUACUCGUACAUUGACAAGCCACUGUUCGAAUGCCGCGAUGAGUUUAUCAACCAUGUUAACGAGCUGGCACCCAGGCUGGGCACCCGAAGCCUCAAUCGCCACGAGUGGGUGAAUAUUAGGCGGAGGAUGGGCAGGCCGCGGCGCUGCUCCGCCAACUUUUUCAGUGAGGAGCGCAAGGAGUUGGACCGCAAACGUCAGCUGAUGCGAACCCUGCAAUCGCGGAAACCAGGCGAGUUCAAGGACUCUAUGCUGUUGUCGGGCAUGCCGGAGAAGAUACCGAUGCCACUGCCGCUGGGCACCAAGGUCACUGCCAGAUUAAGAACUCCCCAGGACGGGAUAUUUGCGGGCACAGUGGCCGCCUACGACUCACUGAACGCCAUGUACCGAGUGACCUUCGAACGACCCGGCUUGGGCACCCAUGCCAUCCCAGAUUACGAGAUUGUGUCGGAGAACUUUCACGAGAUGCUGCCGCUGCACAGCUUCACCAAAGACUUCCGGCCGAACCUGAUGAGCGUCUAUCAAACGAAUAAUCUCGGCUUCACAACCAAUCUGGGCUUCACGGCAAAUCUUACCAACAACUAUCUGCAGAAGAAGGAAAAGGGAGUCGGCGGUGCAGGAGCGGCAGCGGGAGCGGGAGCGGGAUCAUACUACUCCAGACCGCAGAAGCACCUUGUCAGCAAUAAUGCGGCUGCGCGAAAUGCGCUCAGCAUGAAGCUGAACAAGAGUGAUCCCCUGCUGGGUCAGGAUUCGGUGGGCGAGAGCCCCAUACGACAGCAGUUGGCGCGGCACCACGCUUACCCCAGCUCGCUGCUGGAGCAUCUGGUGCGCCUGGAGAAGUACAUUGCGGUAAAGGCGGAUCGAAUCCAGCGGCUAAACAAAAUGAACGCCAGCGCCGAGCUGGCCAUGGGCGAUAUGAUAAGUCAGGACGAGAAUGGUGAUCGCCAUCGCCGACAGAUUGCCGACAACUUCCAGCGGCAGUAUGCCUUCAAUAUCGUGUCCAUCGAGCGCAUCAACGGCGAGCUCAUGUUCGAACUCACCAAGGUGCAGGAGAUGUCCUCCAGCCUGACACGCAAUCCCAAUGUCCAGGCCAUGAUUUCGCCAACAUAUUUGCGCGAAGAGUGCCGAGCCAAGGCGUCGCAAACGGUCGACGACAUAAACAAGGGGAUGGUAAAAAAUACGCGGAUGAUAAAGCUGCUGAAGAACCUCACCACGCUGCUGAUCGUAACCCAGAAUCUCGGCGGCGACUGCGAUGUGAGCGAGGUUAACAAGGUGCUCGAAGGCUGCCUCGAGGAAGUACGCAGCAAUCUUUUCUGCAGCGAGAACAGCGAGGUGUUCCAGAAGAGUGUCCAGGUGCGACUGGAGUACAUAGCCAUGGAUAUUAGCAGAAGUUUGGAGGAGAGCAGCUUGAAUCGCGUGGCGGAUGGCAACGAUGAUAUCAAAUCGCUGAAAUCCGAGGAGGAGAUGGAUGAGAACCAUGUACAGGAUCACAAGCAUGGGGAGGAUGAGGAGCCCGCCGCAGACACCUCCAAGACGAAAGCUAAAGGCAGGCCAAAAGAGGCUGAAGCGAAGAAGGGCCACAAUAACCAGCACACGGACACAGACACAGAGAAGGAAGAGAAGCUAGAAUCCGACGGGUCGGAAAAUGCAGAGUAUGUUAACCAGCAGCGACCAGACGAUGAUCAGGACACAGAGGAGCAGCACCUGGACCGCGAGGAGCAGUCACUCAAUCCGGCUGUGACCGAGGACACGCAGAUCACCAUCGAGUCGAUGAAGGAAUCCGAUGAGGAGUUUCAAUCGGCCGCCGAAACCGAGGAGGACGAUAUGGUCGGCUUGGGGCCCCUGAUCAUGGAGGGAGAAGAGGAAGAGCGGUUUGUGUACGAGAAGGAACUGUAGAGGAUUACCCGAUGGCAAAUUAUGCAUCUUUCUGGACGUUAGCCUAGGAACAUGAUUAAGUAAAAAGUUUUGAAUAACGCGUUGCAAUAGGAAAAGUAACAAAACAAUCCGCAUAGCUUUCUGACUCUAUCGUUUUUUUUUUUUUAAAUAACUGCGACUUUGUAGGAAAGUGUAUUUACAAAUUCAAAGAAAGCAUUGGUACUUUGAAAUGUUUUUAAGUAUGGCAUUGACUUUGUAAGAAUUUAUGAAAGUCUUAAAUAAACAGGACAAAAAAAGUGA